GCACUGAGCUUUUCAUUGAGUUUUUCUUCGGUCAGAUUCUUCAGUCCUUGUUGCCGAAGACGAGCGCGCUGAUUAAGUUGAUCAUGCUCUUCAUAGCAUAACACAUUGAGCAUUGAUGACUAUCAAUAGUCAGCUUGCUUAGGCGGCACAAUGUCUUUUUUCGAUGUUUCCGAUCUCCAAGAAUCGAUCGUCCUUUCGAUUUCUCGGAGUUGGCCUCAUUACAUUCUAUGCGCCUGAUGCUUAUCGUCGUUUUCUUACUCAAUCCAGCUUAUGACCGUAACGUUGAAGGACGAAACGCACAAAGAGCGAGCCUAUCUUCUGCGUUGGUCCUUCUUUCAUACCUAAUAACAAUAAUCUCGUAACAUACAUCAAGUAAUUUCUGUAGCAGUCAAAUAACUUUGAAAUAUGCAUAUCACUGUUUUGUCCUACGGCUACGAUCCAUCUAUUACGUGUGUUUGUUUUUGUACGUCGCUUUUCUGGUCGUUAACAGCAUCCUAUCAGCGUCGUUCAAUUUCUUUGACUGACUAUUUUGCUUCUGCUGUUACAAGUGUCGGAGUAAAGCAAAAAAGCUGCAAGCAAAUGUCAGCGGGGACGGAAGUGACAUAUGUGCGCGGUUCAGGUGAGACGUUGUCAAUUUGUCAGUCCAGCAGUAGUUGCGCCGGUCUGAAUUGCACCCGCAAAUGCAUCCCUUCUACUUUCUGCGACGAGCGCAACUGCCAUAUUGACAGCGAUACCGACACAUCUAGUAAACUCUGCCAAGACUCAAUUACGUACGGUGGGCGAGCGAACAAGCGAGCGAGCGUGUCUGCCUGGAGCGCAUCGCAGCGAUCGCUAUUGGUGGCGCUUCUGCUGCGGUGACGGUGAUGGGCAAGCGGUAAAAGACGAGGGCAACACGAGGCGGAAACAAGGUAAGACCAGCGGAGCCAAGAGCAGUAGUAAUGGCAUCAUGAUCACCAACGCAGCAGCCCCUGAUACGAUCGGCCAUCGUCAGCGUUUGUAGGUUGAGUAUUUAGUAGUGACGAGGAAUAGCUGCAGAAGGACAGAGAAAAUCGCCUCUGCUGAUAGAAGCGGCAACGAUGAGCGGCAGAAGCAGCUACUAGCUCUCGUGAGCCACACGCACAAACGCUUGUCGUAAAUCGUAACACUGGGUCUGGGCCACAGAACUUACGGACAGCGUCGCGGUGCGUGAAACAAUAACGUACGCAACACCGGUGACCGCCAUUAGCAACAACUCAAAUAGCGAAGCAACAUCAUACAUCAUCAUAUCGCGUAAAACAACGGUAACAAGAUGAAUCCAACAGUGGCAUAAACGAAACGCCGUCGCCGACGAAACCGAUUCUGGUAAGUGACAACAAGCGACACUGCCAAAGAGUAGAAACGAAAGGAAUAAAAAACCAAACCAACGAGACAUAUUCCGGUACGUCCUACUACGACAAGACGACGACCAAUCGUGACCGUUAAAACGUCGAGAGCAGCAGGCAGGACUGCAUUACUGCCGCGGGCCGGGUAAAUGCACGUUGACAUCGAUCGUGAUCUCAUCGCUACGCCGAGAGCAAUGUGAUACGCGGUUGCAAACCAUCUACUUUUACUCGUGUUCAAUCGUGGCUGUUUCUUGGAGUCGUUGUCAUCAUCGUAAUCAUCAUCAUCAUCAUCAGCAGCAGCAGCAGCAGCAGCAUCUUCUUUUUCGUCUUCUUUGCUGACCGCAUCGAUCCGCAGCGGGCUACUCGAACUCCGCCCCUCGAGGCAGCAGUCGUGGCGCGACAUUGAUACAACAGCAGUGGCGGCGGUAAAGCAAUACACGAACACAGACCCACAUCAGGUAGAUCACCGAAGCUCCGAGAAGGAGAACGACGAUGCUGUGAUUAUAUCUGGAAAUUUUAGUCGAUUUUCCAGAUAAAAAAAAAUGGAAAAGAAAAAUGAAAGUGUAGGUGGCACAGGCGCUCGUUGAAUUGUGGGAGAGCUGUGAACUUUGGCCGCGCGGACCUAGGGUAUUCGUUAAUGGUAUCAGCGCUGAAAAUGUUUUGUUUGUGUUGGAGAUAUAUAGACAAAAGUAACCAAAUACACGAGUGAGAUCGUCUGACACGAGUAAGCCGCACGUAGCUUUUUUUACGAAACCAGCUAAUGCUGGCGUGACAUAUGCAAUCGAUAUCAAUACAGCUGUCAGCUAACAAGCCGUGUCAGGAAGGCAUAUAAACAUUGCAGGAUAGCAGGACAUUGCCCUGAGAGCAGGUUAAAGGAAAAAGAUCCCGCAUAACGAAUGACAGAUUUUAUGCGAAACAAGCUUGUUGACGCGAUACCAGCUGCGGUGUAUCAGCUCGAUUUCAUUUUGCAGGAGAGUAGUCAUCAUCAUGUGUGAAUAGGAUAUAAUAGUAUGAGUUCUAGGGAUUUGUGAGAGACGGAAAUUUUCGACGGUGAGAAACGGACAGUCGUCGACAACAUGAAGCCCCGAGCCAAUAGAUUGUGUCUGGAGCUUGCCCUAUUGCUAGCAACCAUUUCAACAACAUGGUCGUUCAUUGUGCUCGCGCCUUCACUGUUCUUGGCGGGCAACGAGGAGACUAUCUUGGUCAUCAAUCCAAAGUCGCGGACGCUCAAAGGCGAAAUCGGCCUCGCCAACAAUCCUCAACUAGGCACCGACCCGACCUAUACGCCCCAAGUGCUGACGCUACAACCUGGAGAGUUUCGAGUUGUCAAAUUCAACAUACACCAAAACUUCACGCCAUUCAUCGAUCUUAAGGCAACAUUCGAUGGUGUAUCGCAAAUACGUACAUUCUCGGUGUCCCAGCGCGGAUUGCAUAUCAUGGUGCAAACUGAUAAACCGAUCUACAGCCCCAAGGAGAAAGGGGUUCACGUACGAGUGAUUACGGUUGAUCAGCAGAUACGACCGGCUGAUAGAAUCUACAGAGUACAGAUCAAGAACCCGGAGAAUCGUCUGAUGAUGUCAAAGGACCUCCACAAUGCGACCCUAUCCAUGUUCCAUCUUAACUAUCAAUUUCCUGAGGACCCAGAUUUGGGUGAAUGGAAGGUUGUCGUACUCUACGGUAACGAUCUACGCCAAAAACUGGAACAGAAAUUCGAGUUACAAGAAUAUGUUUUGCCGACUUUCCGGGUCGACAUCGAUAUAACCGACACAUUGGUUCCCUCAAUGAACUCAACGUCUGCAAAAAUAACAGCUACGCACGUCUACGGAAAACCGGUUCAGGGUCAAGUGUUUGUCAAGGAAUUUAUAGAAACUGUUAUAGGAAAUCCCACGCAUUAUGGGUCUCUUAACUGGACGAAGCUGAACGAGGAUGGUGAAGCUGUAUUCAACAUUGAUCUCACCAAGUAUAAAAGUAAAAAUGUUUGGCGAGCAGUGAUAAAUGAGAAACGACUAUUGUUACAAGCCGAUGUGUAUGAGCUAACUUCCGGCAAAACUGUCACAGUCAAAAGUGAUCGAGCAGUCUUCGAACGGUCGUUUUAUAAGGUGUCGAUGGCGGAAAUGCAAAAGUCAAUUCGUCCUGGUUACCCGGCGCUUAUCACGAUACGUGUACGAUAUCCCAAUGGAGGUUUUGCCAAAGACGUUCCAGUGCGUAUCAGAGCAUACAACGAUGACGAAAGACCGAUCGCAGGUGCACCACGUAGGCCUGAACACACGGAUGCGUACGGCAGGGCCAGCUUCAUUGUUCCCACCGAGCCUUCGUAUACACAAAUUCGUGUCGACUUUGAAAUAGGCCAACAUAAAAGGUCGAUGCCAGCUCACUAUACGUUUCGGGCUCACAAAGAAAGACAGUACAUUGCUCUUAAGAAAGUUCCCCCGGAAAUGCAAUUCGAGGUUGGCACCUCGUUUCCGGUUGAAGUGCAUUUCAAACCGGAAAAUGCGUUUAGUGGAGCGAUCGUUGCAAUUAUCGCCGCCGGCAGGGUGUUACAGGUGGAAAAUAUGCCCAAAAAUGGGUCCCGAGGUGUCGUUAACUUUUUGAUCACACCAGAAAUGUCGCCGUUAGCCCGUGUUGUUGCUGUUGGCUAUAUGGAACGAAGAAAUGUUUCUAUAGACAGUUAUAUUAUGUCGAUAAAGCCACAUUGUCGACACGCCGAAUUUGAACUUGACUGUAGUUUCCAGCCAACCCCUGGAGGGCAUGGUACUGUUAAAGUGUUCGAUGCAGAGCUGGGUACCACUGUCGGCCUUUCCAUCGUCGAUCAAGCGGUUUACGCUCUAAAAAAUCGUCCCCCCCUGACUAAAAAGCAAAUAUUCGACAGGUUCAUGGAAGCUGACAGAGGCUGCUCAGACGGAGGUGGAGCUGAUGUGGAGGAGUCAGCGGGUUCUGCCGGCUUAGUACUAAUCACUGAUCGUGUUAUGACCAAAAGCUGUCAGGAUUCGAAGGAAAAAAGGCGAUCUAGACGGUCUGCCCUUUUGAAAGAGAGGUCAAAUGACGAAUUCGCUUUAAAGUGUUGUGAACUCGCUUACAGCAAGUAUCACAGCUCUAGGUCUUGUGAGGAACGAAGCGAAUCGCUGAUUCACGAGUUUGAUGGUCAACGUCUACGUGAAGUAUGUCAGCAGCAUUUUCUUCAAUGUUGCCAUAAACCAUUGGUAGGAUCUCAUACUGGCCAUAUCCGUCCCUUCUCGAUUUUCACUAGGCAGAAACUCGAUGGUCGGCAACGUAUUGGAGGCGUUUUACCUGACCCGCAGGAUUUCAUCGAGGAAGAAGAGGAGCCUGUUCCUGAACAGCACAUCCGCAAGGAUUUCCGAGAGUCGCUCCUGUUUCAGAAUAUAGAAAUUACAGAGAACCAUUCAAUUAGUAAAGUUGAUCUCACGCUUCCACACAGUAUCACAACAUGGUCGUUGGAGACUAUAUCUGUAAACCCUCGUGGCGGAGUUUGCGCCAAGGACCCAAUCGAAAUAACUGCCCUUAAAGAGUUCUUUAUCCAACUGGAUCUGCCGUACAAGGUUAUCCGGAAUGAACACGUACAGAUCAAGGUCACACUUUACAACUAUAGGGAUGUGCCAGUUAGUGGAAACCUAUAUAUAUAUGGAGUGGAAGGUGUUUGUACCGAAGCAGCCCCGGGCCAGCGUUCGGAGAAGAAAUCGUUUAGGAUUCAGCCCUACUCGUCGUACAAAAUUGCAUAUCCUGUUUUUCCCACUCACAAUGGCACUCACGAGAUUAGGGUGGAAGCACUUACUCUUUAUGAUUCGGACGCCAUCGUCAAGAAGCUUUAUGUUGUGCCUGAAGGUCGUGAAGUGAGAAAAUCGUAUUCGGUGGCGUUGGAUCCUAUGAACAGUCAACGUAGAAAAGCCCGAAGUAUCACAUGUGGACCGAGUUGUGAAUCUAAAAUUGACGCGUCGCAGCGGAACCAGACGAUCGUCAUUGACACAUCGCUUCCCGACGAUGUUGUCGACGGAACGGACUACGCUACGCUUCGAGUCAUCGGCGAAAAGAUGGGUCCCGCAAUUGUCACCGCUCUUGACGACAUUGAAUCAAUGCUAACUCUACCCAAAGGCUGUGGUGAACAGAACAUGAUGCGGCUUGCGCCCCUUGUAUUCGUUACCGAGUUCCGGAAGGCGAUCCAGCAGCUUGACGUCCCUACAGAAAAACGCGCGAAGGACCACAUCAUGAUGGCGUACAACCGACAACUGGGUUUCCGGAAGCCUAACGGUUCGUUCAGCGCUUUUCGAAAUCGAGGCUCAAGUGUAUGGCUUACGGCAUUUGUUGCCAAGGUAUUUUGUCGAGCGUCUCCCUUUUUUACCGAUUCGGAGACGUUCCGGGAGGCUUCUGCAGAUGCUGUGGAUUGGCUAUUGACUAAGCAAGGACGUGAAGGCUCGUUUGAGGAAACCAAACCCAUCCUCCACAAGAGUCUGCUCGGUGGGGUAAAAGGUCGAAAAGCGUUGACAGCUUUUGUCACGCUUGCUUUAGAUGAAUGCCGACAUAAUAUACGUUCGGAAAAUCACCAGAAAUGGAGAAGCGUUCUUGAUCAGGCUAAAUUAUAUCUUAUGCGUACAUUGGAUCAGACUCACGAGGGCUAUACGGCUGCGUUAAUGGCAUACGCUCUCUCAGACACGAAUGUAUCAUCUCAAGCAAUGACAAAUCUACGCAAUCAUUUAAUUCUGAACCAAGAGAUCAACACUUUCAGUAUCGCAACAAAUGAUAACGCUCCGUCAACGAUUGAAGGCAAUGGGUAUGCUUUGUUGGCUGCCACGAAAACUCAGCGAAACGAUAUGAGUUUGCCCCUGUCGAACUGGCUAAUAACCCAACAGGGUGCCACCGGCGGGUUCCAAUCAACUCAGGACACUGUCGUCGCUCUUCAGGCACUUUCGGAGUAUUUUUCCAAGAACCGCGAAUCCAAGAUAGACCUGUCUGUCCUUAUCUCACAUGGGAAACACUUUAAGCGGGAUCUGCGCGUUGCAGAGGAUUCGGCAAUGACUCUGCAAACGAUGACUACGAACGACCUCGGAGACAAAAUGUACGUCCAUGCAACGGGCAGUGGUACUGGCCUGUUGUCUGUUCUCAUCAAGUACAACACGAUUCUUCCACUCGCAGAGCGGUGCAUUUUUAAUGUGACCAUAAACGCGACGAUCGAGGAGGCAAGUGAUAUGGACUCGGACCCAUACAUGGAAUCACAAAUCAUCGAUUCCGCAAGAACCCAGGCACUCCAAAAGGUAGAUGAGCUUUUAGAGAGAUAUAAGAAGACCCGUCGUCGGCGCUCAAUUCGGCCCGAUCAGCUGGUCUAUCGUCUCGAUGUUUGCGCAUAUGUUCUUGGUGAUGAACCAAGUGGAAUGAGCGUAAUUGAAGUUGACAUGAUUACGGGUUACGCGCCGAUAAAGGGCGAUUUAGUGUUACUUCAACAGCGUCUGAAAAUUGACCGCUUUGAAAUUCUUCCCGAUCGAGUGAACCUUUACAUAACUGAAUUUCCCGUAGGGAAGAAGCUCUGUUACGAUUUCCGGGUGGUCCAGGAGUUCACGGUUAGUAACGCCCAGCCAGCGACCGUUAGCGUGUACGACUACUACACAAAGGGGGGUAACUGCCCAACGUUCUAUGAACUUCGUAGUUUCAAGAAAGUGCUCGUAGAGUGCGCUAGUCAAAACAGUGGGUCAAGGCUGGAUAAGAUGUGUACGUGUAUUCAGAAUUCGUGUCCUUCAAGAGAGCCGUUCCGGCCAAAAGUUAAAGAGCAGAUCCAAACGAUCGAACCUGGACGAGAGAUUGUUUUGGGGUAUAUUUGCAACCAUGAUCUUGCGUUCGUGGGCACUGUCCGCAGUUGCUCUGCUUUCCAUCGGACAAUCUAUUGCCAGGUAAUGGUCAGUAAUCUAAUGUAUUCAAAAAGCCCCGAAGCUGGUGAUAUAGUGACAUUCGCAGUUCACGAAUACUGUAAAAAGGUGAUGAUUGAAGGAGAUCAGCAUCUGUUUCUGACUAAUGCUAACCUGCCACAUAAAGAAGGUGGAGUUCUCCACAGAAACCAUACGCUCAGUUCGAAGUCGAUCAUCUACAGGCUAAAUGGCGCAAUUGAUGCUAAUAUUGUCGCUAGUUUUGAUUACGUAGCUAAAAAUAUGCGUUGUCCUGAUUGAAUGUACAACUGAUUUUUGUUCAUUUACCAUAGGAUAUAUAUAUACGAGUGUAUAGAUAUGUAUAGAUAAAAUGCCACUAUUUGCAGAUUGGGGCAUUGUUUAACGUGCCUCAGGUGGUAAUUUGCCCAUCUCUGUUGUGAAUCUACAAAGCUACGAAUAUAUAUAUAUAUACUUAAUAAUUUUUAAUAAAGUUACUAUAUGUAGAAUGACGGCAGUGUUUUUGACUUUUGCCACAUAGAAUUGUCGUCGUUCUCAAUCCUUAUUACUUCGGUAGGAUUAGAAACAAAGGAAGCGAAUUCAAAGAACAGUAAGGCAAAUGUAAUUUGUCGUCGUUCGUGUCAUGCCAAUAAAUUUCACCGCAUGUUUGGUCUAUCAAACAGAUACCAGCUCGUCCAAUGGCCUUUCUCUUUUCAGACCUUACCCAACUAACGGGUUCUGUCUAUGACGACAAAACAAUUUUGCCCAACUGUAGUUGCCCCGUGAACACGCAUACUCAAGCAGAUUGUAGCGUUCAAGACAGCACAAGUAGUUUUUCAUGCAAAAAGACAAUUUAAAACCUAAAAGCCUCCUCUAUUGUUACGCGGU